ACACCUUGUUCUAUCAUCAACCACAUUGUAAAGCUUGGAGAAUCCAUUUCCAGCCAUGGCUCCUCUAACUCCAAGAAUUGUAGUGCCCAUAGAUGUGAAGAAGAGGCCUUGGGACCAAAAACUUCCCCUGCACAACCGCUGGCACCCCGACAUACCUCCCGUCGCUGAUGUCAUCGAGGGGGAGCUCUUCCGUGUCGAGAUGGUCGACUGGACUGGAGGUCGGAUUGGUGAUAACUACUCUGCCGAAGACAUAAAGACCAUCGAUACAACAAUUACUCAUUAUCUCAGUGGCCCUCUGAGAGUUCUCGAUGCAAAAGGGGUGCCUGCGAAGCCGGGUGACCUUCUAGUGGUUGAGAUAUGCAACUUGGGUCCCCUUCCUGGUGAUGAAUGGGGUUAUACUGCCACAUUCGAUAGAGAGAAUGGUGGAGGGUUUUUAACAGAUCACUUUCCUUGUGCUACUAAAGCCAUUUGGUACUUUGAAGGAAUAUAUGCAUACUCUCCUAACAUACCAGGUGUUAGAUUCCCUGGUCUGACUCACCCGGGGAUAGUUGGAACAGCACCUUCCGUAGAACUUCUACAGAUAUGGAAUGAAAGGGAAAAGAAACUGGCAGAAACUGACGUCAGAUUGCUGAAAUUAUGUGAUGUUGUGCACCAAAGACCGCUCGCGAACUUACCGACAGCAAAGAAUUGCCUCCUUGGAAAGAUAAAAGAAGGAACCCCUGAAUGGGGGAAGAUUGCAAAUGAGGCUGCAAGGACGAUUCCUGGAAGGGAAAACGGCGGAAAUUGUGACAUCAAAAAUUUAAGUAGAGGUUCAAAAGUAUAUCUUCCAGUGUUUGUGGAAGGAGCAAAUCUUAGUACUGGCGAUAUGCAUUUUUCCCAAGGAGAUGGUGAAGUCUCAUUCUGUGGAGCAAUAGAAAUGAGUGGAUUCCUAGAACUCAAGUGUGAGAUCAUAAGGGGUGGAAUGAGAGAAUACCUUACACCAAUGGGUCCAACACCUCUCCAUGUAAACCCAAUCUUUGAGAUAGGGCCAGUAGAACCAAGAUUUUCAGAAUGGUUAGUCUUUGAAGGAAUCAGUGUGGAUGAGGCAGGGAGGCAGCACUUCCUUGAUGCAACUGUAGCCUACAAGCAUGCUGUCCUUAACGCCAUCGACUACCUUUCGAGAUUCGGGUACUCCAAAGAACAGGUCUAUUUGCUACUCUCAUGCUGUCCUUGCGAAGGAAGGAUAUCAGGAAUAGUAGACGCUCCGAAUGCUGUGGCAACUCUUGCUAUUCCUACAUCCAUAUUCGACCAGGACAUCAGACCAAAAUCUGGGAAAGUGCCAAGAGGGCCUCAAGUGGUGAAGAGACUCCCAGACGUUCUGAGGUGCACAUACGAUGGAGCUCUGCCUAUAACGCAAAACCCAUGCAUGGAUUCGUGAAUUCUGCCAGGAUUCUGGUGCUUCUUGUUUGCUGGAUUAUAAAUUAUCCUUAAUCAGUGUAUCGACUAUUUUACUUAUCAGGAAUGUUAUAAAUGGUCUUGAAUAUGUUGUCUUAAA